UGGGCGCUUAGUUACGAAACGUGUUAGAAGGCAGUUCGGUGCAAGUUACUUCUAAACGAUGGAUGUUUUACUAAUGUUACUGGUGUCAGUUCUCUAUAUCUUGAGUCCGGUUCAUUCAGACACAUGUCAGCUUAUUUGCCAGAAUGGUGGUACACUGUCCAAGGAGUGCGAACAAUGUGACUGCGUCAAAGGAUACACUGGAGACCAGUGUGAACUGGGUGAUGUACUGCUCACCCUGGUCGUGGAUACCACUGAAAUGUUUCUGGGUCUGGCCUUUACUAUGUCGUGUAAGAUGGCCAACGCCCGUGGUUUCGGUGCUAACGAGAGUAAAGUGGAGUUCCAGAGAGUAGGUCUCCCUAUAUUGCUCGCCUAUGUGCUGCAGAAAGGCGCAAACUGUUCAGCACAUUCCAGCCUGCCAUGGAUGAAACCCAAAUGUGGGGCGGGCACAGACGACGUCAGCUCGCAUAUGAAGAUUUACAUCAUGGAAAUCACGGAAGUUAAAAAAAGUGAUGUCGUUGAAUGGGCUUGUUCAAUAACGUAUCCAAAUAUUACGCCAUCCAACUCUAUACAUUUCAAACUGCUUGCUCUCAAGUUGACCAUGUCAGCGAAAUCCAAAGAUGCUGUGAAGAAUUUGCCAUUUAUUCUGACUUGUAAGCUGGAACACCCUACUUCUGGUGUUGUUAGAGGUACAAUUCAGAUUUUGAGGCAAACCUUAAUCUUCGCAAAACUGCGGCAAGAAGGCCCGAAUUGCACAGUAAUCACAGGAAAUUCUAAAGAGUAUAACUACAAGUGUGGGAAUGGAACGGACCAAGUCGGGUCACGUGUUAAAAUCUACAUUAUGGAGUUCGUACGUCUAGCACCCCGCGAUAAAGCGGACUGGCUUUGUCGUAUAGAAAAUGGUGACAAAAGCAACAUAUUUUCUAUGCCGGAAUUUACUCCUUGCCCAUUAAAGUGUGAAAAUGGUGGAAGUCCUAACGAUGACUGUGACAAGUGUAACUGUUUUGGACAUUGGGAAGGAAGUGCCUGUCGAAAAUGUGGAUUUGCGUGUUUGAAUGGUGGUACAGUGGUUACAAAUUGCACUGAAUGCAGAUGUCUUUCAGGAUUCAAAGGACCCAUAUGCAGUGAUGUGGUGGAUGAUGAGGAACCUGGUUCUGAUUGGGUAUUGAUCGCUAUAAUCGUGGGUCUUCUCUUGCUUCUAUUGAUCAUCAUCAUCAUCAUCAUCAUAUGGUGGAAAAGACGUCGACAACAACCUACAGACGGGCAGACAUUGGAUGAUGCCAGGCCUGACGCCGAGGGUCACAGCACAGAGCACACGGUGUCCGGAUCACACUCCAAGCACGACGCCCUGGGUCACAGCACAGAGCACACAUAUUCUGGAUCACACUCCAAAAGCAAACGACGACAAUCUAGGUUAUCUUCCAUGAGAGGGCGAAAGUCCUCAAAGAGUCCGAGUCAUCAAUCCUUGAAAUCCUUGAAAUCUUUGAAGUCCUCAAAGAGUCAUAAAGCCAAGUCCUUAGAAGGACAGCAUCUUAAAUCCCCGGAGUGACGCUGACACAAAUCCUCGGAAGAACAGUGAAAAAUAGAUACUGUCCUCAUGUAUCAAUCACAUGUUAGUCUAUUCAUUAUCUGAUGAGGUUGUGUAAUGCAAAUAUAAUCGAGAGGUGUAAAUAAAGUUUAAAGAAGGAAUGACCUUUACCAUUAGAUAUAUUUUAUGAUGAAAAGUUUCACUUGUUAAAUCGUUUGGAGAACAUGUGAUUGCAGUUUGUUUUAGCAGUGACUAUAUUACGAUAUCUUAUGCUUUUUUAAUUCCUGCGAAGUGAAUUUUGCUCUUUUAUAAUUGCUUUUUGUGAAUGCUGAUUGGACAUUUUGUUCUAACUACUAGGCACAUAUAGUGUUCAUGUGUUGCUCACAGAUAUCGAGGAAUUAGCGAUAUCUUCUCCACCAGCACUCCCGCACCUCGUAACAAAAUAUAACAAUAAAGAAAAUUAAAAAGUAUGGAAUAAUACAGUGGCUAUACGCAUGUCUUAACGUAUCAUCGUUUUGUUAAAAAAAAGAAACUGGUUUUGAAAUAAUACAACGGUACAUCACACGCCAAUUUCAAAUGUUCAACAUGAGAAAGAACGACAUAGAAUUGGGUUUUUUUUUAAACGUAAUCUUGGACUGUCGUCAUGCUCGUAUCAAAUUGACCAAGGUAUUUUAGUAAAGAGUAAUCAUUUGCAAACAUUCUGCCAAUCAAUAAAAUAAUUUGUUUUAGUCCUUUAUAACUGAUACAUGGAAAGGUUGAGCCCAUAUCAGUACAUUGCCAAAACAAGUUCAGGUUAAAUUAGGUUUUGAAGCGCUAAUUUCAAAGUGCUGUAAUAUAUAUAUAUAUAUAUAUAUAUAUAUAUAUAUACAUGGGAUUUUUUGUUCAUGCUACACUGUGUGGUGUACUGAUUUUGAAAAAAUUUAAACAUUUUUUCCUCUACUUUUUCUCGUAAAUUUGUUUUUGUAAAUAGGUUAAUAUGUGUAUCGAGAAAUAUCAUCCUCUAGUUAAAGUCUGGUUAUGGAAUAAUACAACGGUACAGGUGAUACGUGUACCUGGAAGUAUCAUCCUCUAGUUAUCGUCUGGUUAUAGAAUAAUACAACGGUACAGGUGAUAUGUGUACCUGGACGUAUCUUCCACUAGUUAAAGUGUGGUUAUGGAAUAAUACAACGGUACAGGUGAUACAUGUUCCUGGACGUAUCAUCCCAUUAGUCUGGUUAUGGAAUAAUACAACGGUACAGAUGAUACGUUUAUCACUUUGACAGAUUUCACAAAUACGAAAUUGGAUUCAACAAAUUUUACAUUGUAUUUAAUAUAAAAUAAUUAUAUGAACAUAUAAAUAUUAAUUGUUGGAAUCGUGAUGUUACUUUCUUUCUGAAAGCAGUUAGGCUGUUCGAUCCUAAAAGGGAAGUACUACUUGAGAAAGAGAAAUCAAGCUUCGAAACAAUCCCUGGCUUGACAGAUGUUCCUAUUGCAGAAUUUGCGUUAUACACUACUGUCCUUGAACCUCAAGCUGGAGAAGCCAAGAUAGAAUCGACCUUUUUUGAGGGUCUGUGAUUGAUCAGAUUGCAAACCUCGCCAGACUGGCACAUCGGUAUGCAAAUGCCGUAACCAAUUCAGCAGAUGCUAAACGGAGUGUCUCUUUAUAUAAUUUGGAGAGGAAACCCGCUACGUUUUUCCAUUAGUAGCUAAUGAUCUUUUAUAUACACCACCCCAUGCUCAGACAGAAUAGCACAUACCACA